AUAAUUAGGACAACAUGGCUGCCUGAUGUACUUGUGUUGCUGUGUGGCUCCUCUCAAUAUGGAUUUUCGACCUUUUCGACAAUAGAUUUUUUUAUUCCAACUAACGAUUGAAAUGAUGCAAAAUGGACUUCAACCAGUUGAUGUCAUUUGCGGCCACUAAUCAAAAACAAGCUGAAAAAAAGCUUGUUCAUAUCAAAAGAUACAGUACUAUUGUGCCACCGCCUAAAAAGGAUGUCAAGAAAGUGAACACUGGUGCAAUAAAAGCAAUUUUAGAGAAGAAAUCAAAUCCCAUUGGUGACAGGAAAAAGAAUCAAAUCAAGGAAGAUUCAGCAACUUUGCAGGCUACAGAGAGGAAGAUAUCAUCUAAGCAAAGUUCUGUAAGCAAACCUAGUGUGAAACCAAGUACAGUUGAACAACCACAGCUUAAGCAUAAAAACAAAGAUCAUAUACAAAAACAUCAGACUUCUGUCGAAAGGGUUAAAAUACCAGACAAAAAGGAUGGAAAGAUUAGAACAUUGGACAAGUCGCGAGGUGGAGUGACAAAAACAUCAGAGAAAAUCAAAGAGAAAUUACGAGAAGAAAAGAGAACUGAUGUUAAGACCAUCCCAAAAUCAUUUUCUGCUAAAAAGACUGGUCCUAACCCCUCGCCUAUGGAUUUCUCUGAAUUAAUGAAACUUGCUGAAAAACGGCAACAUGAGCCUCCUUCAUCAAGGAAAGAUGUAGUAUGUGAGAGUAAGCCAUCUACGAGUAAUGGAAGAAUAAGUUCAAAGAAUCACAGAAGUAGAACAGAUGCAAAGCCAUCUACUAGUAAUGGCAAGAUCACCACAAAGGAUAAACAAAGUACAAGGCACUCUGCGAGUAAUGGCAAAAUUCUCCCAAAAGAUAAGCAAAGUACAAGGGUUUCCAUGAGUAAUGGCAAGAGUAUACCAAAUAGUACCAAUGAUGGAAGAGAUGUCGCUCAAAAGAAAAUGACAAGUAAUGAUAUUAAUCGGAUAAAAGGAAAAGAAACUAUUAGAAAAACAACAAGUAAAGUAACUGAUCGGACUAUAGAUAAAACAAGCCAUCACAGUGGAAACCAGAAAGUAUCUAAGGAACAGAAAAGUGUAUCAGAUAAACAAAAAUUGUCUUCUCGUGUGCCUCAAAAUCAUACAAAACCAGGACCGAGUCGUGUAUCAGAACAACCAUUCAAUUCCCGGUCCAAGGAUAAAUUUGUAUCACCACCUCCACCACAUCCUUUAAGACCCCCCAUGCCUUUGAAGAGACCAGCAAUGCCUCCACCUUCUCGCAAAGUGAAAAAAAGACGAAGACUUGACAGCGACAGUGACUAUGAAGAUGAUGGCUUUAUUGAUGAUUCGCCCAUGGACAAUGACCCUUGCGAUGUUUCAAGUUUUAUUAAGCAGAUCUUUGGAUAUGAUAAAAACAAGUAUGGAUAUGAAAGUGAUUAUUCAUUGCGAAAUAUGGAUGCAAGUUUCUCACAGAUUCAGAAGGAAGAGGCCAGAAGCUAUAGACUUGGAUUGCAGGAAGAUAUGGAAGAAUUAAGAAAAGAAAAGGAAGAAGAAGCAAGAAAACUUGCCAGGAAAAAGAAAGCCAUGAAAUCCAAAAAAUAAAUGACAUUGCCAACAAAAUUUUCUUAAUCCAUUUCUUUUAUUAUAUUUUGAUGCCAGUUAUUUUUAAGAAGCGCUAUAUUUCAUUUGAUCCUUUUUAUGUAAUUUCAUGUUUGGUGCCAACCCGGUGCUACUUAGUAUUAAAUCUUAUUUAUUCAUAGAUUGUGAAUAUAUCAA